CUGGGCGGAGCCUAGUUGGGCGGAGUCCAACCAGCGUUGGUUGGACUCCACCCAACUAGGCGGAGCCUGACAGAGCCUACGCAUUGCAAACUCUAAAUAAAAGCUGUUAGCAUCGUAGAUAGUAAGCCAGAAUCAACAUCGUAGACGAGGGCUUACCUAGUAAAGACUAAAGAGACUAAAUAUCUAAAUUUAGCUCAGUUUUUUUUCCUGAGUUCAGAACAGACCCACUUGAUUAGUAGAUAUAAUUAUUACAGCAGUAUAGUCUACUCUACUCUACUCUAGUCUACUCUACUCUACUCUAGUCUACUCUACUCUACUCUAGUCUACUCUACUCUACUCUAGUCUUUCAUACUUCCUCUACUGACUAAAGGUCUCACGAAGGCUGACUCUACUGCACUGUACUGCACUGUACUGUUCAUAACAGAUUAUGUUCCUGGUAAAUGCGCUCCAAGUGCUGUGUGGGAGGACAGUUAUUGAGGUUUUCUCUCGCCCACGCUCGUUAAAAUUUGUCUACUUCAGUAGGGGAUCACGGGACUUAGCAAGGCAGCUCUCCUUUUUCUUAGUUGCUUCCUUCUUUCUUUCUUUGUUCCUCCAAUAUUUCUCUUCUGUGACAAAGAACAGAAAAAGGAGAGGCUGCGAAGGAGGCUAGGUAUAAGGGGCGUAUCAAAGUAAAACCAUGCGUGCAUGAAGCGAGCAGUGAAGCAAAAGAGGCCAGAGAGUUUACCGCACGCGGCCAUAUUUAAUCAUUUCCGCCUCGAGUGCCCAGGGCACGCCCCUUUUAUAGUCAGCAUGCUCGUUGAAGAAGAAGCGAAGUGUGUUGCUGGAAGAGGUGAGUUUCUUUGCUUGCUUGUAGCUCGCAUGUUUGCAGGAAUGUUACGCUAGGAAGCCUUUUUUGAAGCAUUGUAGUUGUCUAUUUGGUCAUGUUUUAUUGAUUGCUAUUGACUUGAUUUUUUUGCAGCCGUGAUACAAAAACAUCGCGAACCAUCCAGUGUGUUGCAGAAACAGCGCGAGCUUUCCACUGUGUUGCAGAACAUCGCGAGCAUUUCACCAGGCUGUGUUGCAGAAACAGCGCAGGCCUUUUACUGUGUUGCAGAACCAUCGCGAAUAUCCAGCCAUGGAAAGAUAGAGCUGGAUCAUCGGAAGCAGUGCAGGCUGCAGGAGUCAUUUAAACCUUGAAAGAACCUUGAAAGAGAUGGAAAAGUUGUCUGUAACUGAUGUGGGGAGACUCUUGAGGGAAAACUGCUUUCCUGAAACAGUAGUUUCUGCAUUCAAAGAAAACCUAAUUGAUGGCAUUGCACUGCUUUAACUACCCAAUGACUUUGAGGAAUUUAAGCAUAUGUUGCCGCAGAGUGGAUUGAGGAUGGCACUCAAAUCUCUUCUUGAAAAGGAAAAUUGCUCCAUGAGUGGUACGAUACGUCAAAUGAGUGCCAGCUAUAAUCUGAUAGAGGAUUACAACAUGGGGGAUUUUGAGGACGAAGCUGUGGCCAACUAUCCUCUAGCAAUGCUGCCUGCAAGAAGUGAUGAAGCAGCUGAACCACCUGCUAAAAAGCCAUGGACAGAAGAGUACGAAGUGCUGGCAGCACCUACGAAGACCCUACCAACUCCUUGCCCACUGGUGCUGGCAGCACCUACGAAGACCCUACCAACUCCGUGCCCACUUCCACCAGUAUUCAGUGAGAGAGUAAACAGAGCAAUAAUAGCGAAACAAAUUUACGGAAAAGACAAACUAGCAUUAAUACGAGAAGCUUCCCUCUUCUAUUAUGGUCUUUGCCCGAAUCCGAAAGGAAAUCAGUACGACGAAAUGGCUAAGGUUUUGUGUAAUAGCUUUGAGCAGCUACGAAACAAGAUUGUAAUAUUAUUGAUGGAUGCUAUUGGCAUACAGUGAAGCAACAGGUUACUAUGUUCUUCUGAAAUCGGAGAAAGAGGUCAGUACCGUCAGCAAUCAAACCUCUCAAGACAGAAAAGGCGCACUUAGUGCAAAUAAUUGCAGCAAAGCCAGCUGAAGCCGCUCCUGGCCAAGACUCCGUUAUCAGUGUGGACGAAUGUGCAUGCGAUCGAAACCACGGUCGGUUGUGCGACCAAUUCACCAAGAAAGCGCCUAACAACGCAGCAAUUACACAGUUAAUAAGGGAGACGCACCAACAAAGAAGGAAGAGAAUUGGAGAUUCAGGUGACAAGAUGUCAAUUCUUCUUUUGACAUAUCCUUUCUUCACAAGAAAUCAAUGGGUGCUGUUGGAGUUCACGCUAAUGUGUGGGGAGGAAUCCAUCUCUCGAAUCAGAGAUUCUUGGACUAAGAUUGUUCCAACUCUGCUGCAGAUGGAUGGUGAAGUGCCCACUGACUCUGAAGAAACUCAGAGCUACAAGGCACUUCUGUUCAUUGACACACAACUCAGGCCCGCAGGAGUAGCCUCUAAAGCUGCAGCUGCUUUUACUUUGUAUCAAGUCGGGACUGAUAUUGAGGAAGUGACAGCUGAAAAGACCUUUCCAGAGCCAAGGCUUGCAAUUUUUGCUGACAAGAGCAUGAAUGGCAUGCAAGCGUUCAUCCUUGGUGAAGGAAAGGUUCUCUUUGAAGUAUUGGGCGACAGUGUCAUUGACUCGGUUAUCAGCUUGUUUGCAACAUACUACGCCUUCUAUGUCAGUUACCCCAAGCCAUCACCUGCCUCUGGUCUCCUUCUCUUCAUACAGGAAGUGUUGAUGGGUGUGAAAGAGACAUCUGUAAAAAAAACAGUGAGGUAUACUCAUCAUUCAUAAACUUGCUAGAUCAACAUUAGUUACCCCAACUGUACAUUUACUGUUACCAAGUUAUUACCGAGUUAGUUACCGACUGUAUCAAUUAUGAUUAUGUUAUAUUCAGUUUUACUUGAUAUUUAUGUAUAAUUUAUGUAUAAUAUUUAUGUAUAAUUCUGGCGUUUCUUUUGUGUAUUUUUAUUUAUAUGGUCAUAUUCUUGUAACCGUGACGUUUUAAAAUGACAUACCUCUGUUCGACACACCAAAAGUUACAGCAUGUUUCAGUUUUGACACAGUAAAAAUGACAUAUAUUAAUUUGACACCCGUGUUAGUGUGUUAAUUUUUGGGAAAGCAGUUUGACACGCGUUUGCAUGCCAAAUUGACACCUUUCAUUUAUGUGUGUGGUUGUUGUGGGGUUGGGAAAUUUUGUUGCACAGUCUGGUUUGGUGAUGAUGUGUGAUUUGAUUAUAAUGAUUUGUCUGGUCAGGAGUGCAUUCAUUCAAGGUCUGGUAUUAAGAUGAUAAUAAUGAUCUGAAUUAAUUGGUGGUGUUCGCUGUUGAAUUGAUUUGUUGUUGUGGGAAUUUCUCAUCUCUUCUCUGCACAGCACAAACAGCUAUGGGUGUAAUUUUGUUGUCUGGUGUUAUAAUUAUGUAUUGUGUGUGUAUUGAUAAUACUAGGCUGAUGGUUGUCAGCUGUGGUGGUGAUU